AACUGAUUCAGAAUGUUCGGGCCCGCCCCAAUCCUGGAUUGUUCUUCCUCAGUGGCCUUGCGUUCUCAAUGUUGCAAACCCUAACCAGAGAGAAGCUGGAGACUCCUAUAUCUUCGGACCCAUAAUGCUGAAUUUAAAGCCCUAGCUUCAAUUACGCUAGGAUUAGGAAGCAAAUAAUUUGCAAUUCGCAAUCAAAAUGACUUCGUCAAAGAAACAUUACAAGGAGAAAGCUGUUCGUCGCAGGGAGGAGAAAGCAGAAGAACCGGAAGUACCAAAGUACAGAGAUCGUGCAAAGGAGCGUAGGGAAGACCAAAAUCCUGACUAUGAAUCUACCGAAUUGGGUUCUUUUCAUGCUGUUGCUCCUCCUGGAACUGUUGAUAUCCGCUCAGCUGAUGCAAACAAGUUAUCUAUAGAGAAGAGCAAGUACCUUGGAGGCGAUGUGGAACACACACAUUUGGUCAAAGGUUUGGAUUAUGCUUUACUCAACAAAGUAAGAAGCGAGAUUGACAAGAGGCCAGAUGAUGAAGAUGAUGUUGAUGGAAAGUCUAGAGCUUCUAAGGAAGACCAACAAUUAUCAUUUCGAACUGCAACUGCAAAGUCAGUGUAUAAAUGGAUAGUCAAGCCCCAAACUAUUGUCAAGUCAAAUGAGAUGUUUCUUCCUGGUCGAAUGGCAUUUAUUUUCAACAUGGAGGGUGGAUAUUCUCAUGACAUUCCAACCACCUUACAUCGUAGUAAAGCUGAUUGUCCAGUACCUGAGGAAAUGGUUACUGUCAGUGUUGAUGGUUCUGUGCUCGAUCGAAUAGCUAAAAUUAUGUCAUAUCUUCGUCUUGGUUCUUCUGGGAAGGUUCUCAAGAAGAAGAAGAAAGAGAGGGACGCAAAAGGAAAGAUUUCAGCUUCUGGUUACGAGUAUGAUGAAGGGGAUAAGCCUUCAAAGCCUAAUGGUGGCAUGCCAAAGAAUCAAACUGAAAGAGAGUUUGUUCCACCACCUCCACCUCCUCCAAGGAAAAGUCAUAUUGAUUCAAGAGAGAAACAAAACCCAGUGGUUGCUAGAGCAGUAGAGGAGGACAUAUUUGUUGGUGAUGGUGUUGACUAUGCUAUUCCGGGUAAAGACUUGAGCCAAAGCCCUCUCUCAGAAGACAUGGAAGAGUCACCUCGAAAUAAGGAAAAGCUUUCCUAUUUCACUGAACCUGCUUAUGGUCCCGUUCCACCCUCUGGGCUGCCUCAAGAAUGGCAUGGAAUGAAUGGAUAUGAUACAACGCAAACACAAGCAUUGGCUGGUGGCUACCAGGGCGAGUGGCAGGACUACCAAUAUGCUGAACUGGCUUACCCUGAGCAAUACCUCCAAGCAAACAUGCAGACUUAUGAAGUAGAAGCAGGUGUAAAUAAUCUACAGGAUCCACGCUUUAUGACCCAAGAAGAGAAGGAUCGGGGUUUAGGAUCAGUGUUUAAACGGGAUGAUCAUAGACUUCAACAAUUGAGGGAGAAAGAUGCUCGAGAAAAGGAUCCCAACUUCAUUUCUGAGAGCUAUUCUGAAUGUUACCCUGGAUAUCAAGAAUAUAACCGUGAGAUUGUAGAUAGUGAUGAUGAAGAUGACUUGUCAAAAAUGGAUAUGGGUGGACGAGCAAAGGGUCGUCUUCAUAGGUGGGACUUUGAGACAGAAGAAGAAUGGGCUACAUACAAUGAACAGAAAGAAGCAAUGCCGAAAGCUGCGUUCCAGUUUGGUGUGAAGAUGCAAGACGGUCGGAAGACACGGAAGCAAAACAGGGACCAGAAGCUCAAUAAUGAGCUCCACCAGAUUAACAAGAUUCUUGCUAAAAAGAAAAUGGAGAAGGAUAUGAAUGGUGAUGGUGGCCACAGUUAUGACGAUGAUUCACAACCUGGAAAGAAGCUUAGAAUUUGAAACUGGGGAAUUGAUCUCCACAUAUUAAUAGCUCUCAGCAGAUUUUCGUUUCUAGUUUGGAAGUUGUAGGUACUCUUAAUUUUAUUGUACGAAUACAUGUAAGCAUUUCUAGUUCCUUUUCCUUUGCUAGCAUCGAGGUUUUAUUUUGUUCUGUUCAUAAUUGGAGUUUAGACUCAUUCUGAAAUGUUGGUUGUAUAUAAUGGGUAGUUCAGAGUCAU